AAAAAAAAAAAAUACUGACGUGGAAUUAACUCAUUUUCUCACCAAAGCAUUAAAUUUUCGGCCCAAUCCUCCGAAAUCUCAAUACCUUAAUUUUUUCUUCCCUUUUUCCUGUUCCUAGUGUAAUGCUUUGGAAAACGAUUCUGUCGAUCCUCGAUCCAAAAUCCUAAACACCGAUGGCACAGAAGCCCUAACUUCCUCAGUUCUCCAUCCCCCAUUGCCGUGCGUCGCCUCCUCCCCCCUCACCCACCGACGACGCUAAUCUCUCGCUCGACUUCUUGAAAAUCGCGAUCGAAACACGCACACAUAGAAAUUUCCAUAUGCCAUACAUCUUCAUCGUUUUUAUAAUCACAUGAAAGAGUGAAACAGAUUGAAGAGUGAGUUAUGGUAGGCCAAGAGAAUGUCAAGCAGCUCGAAGACUGCUCAGUGGCCAACGCACUGGGAACAUGGGUUUUUUCAGUAGCAGGGGCUUUACUUGCAAUUCCAGUGGGUAUAAAAAGGAAAUCUUUAGCACCCCUUGUGUUCUUUGGCACAACUGGUACUAUGCUUGAUAUCAUCAUGGGAAUUUCUGCCUGUGAAAGAGAACAUGCAGAACGGCAAAUGAAGCUACUAGAAGCUCAAAAUUCUGCAGCUGAUGCUUCUCUUACCGAGACAGUAUCUGAGUCUUGACAUCAAGCUGAUAUUUCCAUAUGCCUCACGUUUGGCAGCUGUCAGUUUGUUCGAUUUUCUUGGCUGUAAAAGACAAAAUACUUCUUCGAUCAUCCUUUAUUGAAACGGUAUCUCUUUCCUUUGUUUUGA